GAUUUAAUAGACAUGGUAACAUAGUUUAUCUUCAACUUCAACAAGGUAUAUUAUCAAGAGGACGAAUUGAUCCUGCUACUUUGAAGUGGACAACUGCUAAUAACUGUAAUUUAAUAAAGAAAUUGAUCUCUAAUUUACGAAACGACGGUACCUACGAUAAACUUGAAAUCAUAUUAGAAGAUAUGACUUUACCAGAAAAUGCAGUUGUUACAGGUGUUACGCUGGGUCAAUCAUUGCGCGGCCGUACUAUUGAUGACAAUGGCGAUUUCAAUGAUAAUAUGGAUGAAAUUGUAAAAAGUAGUCAAUGCCAUGGAAGUACCACUGACUUGGUGCAUGGUCAUUCAAAUCUUCAGCCAUCUACGUCUUUGAUAGGAAAGAAUAACGAACUCAGUAAAUCAUGCGAACAUAAAAUAGUAUUUGGUGGAACUGCUGAGAGUUCAGAUCAAAUACAACACGUUGUUCCGUUUGUUGAUUUACAGGCGAUCGUUACCGAUCAAAAUUCACCUCAGCCUAUUCGUGGAAUCGGCUGGUAUUAUCGCGGUCAUCCUGGCUACGGAGGAUACUUGGCUGUAAAGAUUUUCAAAUAAUUGUAAAUUUCGGUGAAAAAAAAAAAAUAAAUGUCUCCACUUAAUAACAGUAAAAUAAAUAAAUUUAA